UAUAAUCAGUAUACGCAGAGACCACAGACAACCAUGGGGAACAAGCCCUCAAGUCAUCAACAACAGGAAAGGAAGAGAACUGUCUUUUAUUCAAAAGAGAAAGAAGUUUACAGGAUUCCUGCUCUUUUCUAUGACAAUGACAAACAAAUCUUUAUGGCCUUUGCAGAGCAGAGGAGGACUGAAGACGAUAGCAAUGCAAAAAACCUGGUUAUGAAAACAGGAACGUUGAAGAUAGAGGAAUCCUCCGGUUGGUCUGAACUCAAACUGGUGAAGGAGGCACAUCUUCAUGGCUACCGUCCAAUGAACCCCUGCCCAGUGUAUGAGAAAAGAAGCAAAAAACUGUUCCUUUUUUUCAUCAGUGUUGAGGGCACUGUCUCAGAGUGCUGUCAGAGAUUCUGGGGCUGCAAUAAGGCCCGUCUCUGCUAUGUUACAACUACAGAUGCUGGCCAAAGUUGGAGCAGUGUGACUGAUUUGACAAACAAACUGGGUGAAAUUAAAAACUGGUCCACAUUUGCUGUUGGGCCAGGCCAUGGUCUUCAAACAGAGAGUGGUAGAUUAAUUGUUCCAACGUAUGCUUAUACUUCUUGCCACGACUCAUGUCUCUCCUGUGACAAGAAAUGCUGCAAGUCUAAUGCUCCAUAUGCCCUUUCCCUGCAUAGUGAUGAUUCUGGUCAAACAUGGCAUUUUGGAAAAAUGCUUCAAAAUGAGUCAAUUGAGUGUGAAAUGGCAGAGUUUUUUGAUGAUAAAAACAAAAGUUUCAUCUACUGCAAUGCCCGUAGAAGGGGAGGCCACCGUAAAGAAGCUGUCAGUAAAAAUACAGGACAGGAGUUUUCCAAGCCAAGCAGUGCUGAAAAACUUGUGGAAACAGGUUCAGGUUGUCAGGGAAGUGUAGUUUCCUUUCCAGCUCAAAAUGAAGGUGCAGAUGGUGAUCAAAGCCAGAAUAAAAACAAGUGGCUGCUCUUCACCCACCCAAGUGAUGAAUCCAGAAGGAUUGAUUUAGGAGUGUAUCUGAAUAAAUCCCCAGGUGAUCCAAAAGCAUGGAGCAAACCCUGGAUCAUCAACAGAGGACCCAGUGGUUACUCAGACCUGGCUUACAUUGGUGAUGGCUGGUUUGCAUGUCUAAUGGAGUGUGGGGAGAAGAAAGAAACUGAGCAGAUAGCCUGUGUAGUUUUUAGCUACAAUGAAGUCAAGCAGGGCAUUGGAGAGUGAACAAAUAUAAAAUCAUUGGCUUUAACUGAAGUGAAGCCUUCUCUCUGUGGUUAAUCCUUGUAUGGGACUAUUUACCUAAAAAUAACUCACACUAUCCACUAAAAUGAUUGCUUUUGUUUUGAUUUUAUUUCAGCUGUAAAAAAAAAACAUUAAUUAUGUGUUAUACUUUACUAACAUUUUAUAUUUCUGAUGUUAAUCUAAUACUCUUUAUGUUGUUUAAUUAAUGUAAAGGAAAAGAAAUAAAGUUAUAAGAUUUCUAACAAAUAAAUUGUCUUUUCUAUGUUUCUGUU